CUCCCCUCCCCUUCCCUCCCCUCCCCUCCGCCUCCCCGCCGCCGCCAUGAUAGUGUUUGUCAGGUUCAACUCCAGCCACGGCUUCCCGGUAGAGGUUGGUUCCAAUGCCAGUAUCCUCCAGCUGAAGGAGGUGGUUGCUCAGCGACAGGGAGUUCCAGCUGACCAGCUGCGGGUGAUUUUUGCAGGGAAGGAGCUCAGCAAUGACUUGACACUGCAGAACUGUGACCUGGCCCAGCAGAGUAUUGUUCAUAUUGUUCAGAGUCCACAGAAGAACAGUCAGAGCAAAGAUGAGACAGAAGAUAACUGUGCUGGAGGUGUCCUAAAAACCUGGGAAAGAGAACCUGAAAGUCUAACUCGCGUAGAUCUCAGUACCAGCAUCCUACCAUCAUUCUCUGCAGGACUGGCUGUUAUUCUGGAUACUACAAAACCCAGGAUUUCUCUUCCCUCUGGAAAAUCAGGUGCAUCUGGUUACAACAGUUUUUAUGUUUUUUGCAAAAAAAAUUGCCAAGCUGUGAAACCUGGGAAACUGAGGGUCCGCUGCAGUAUAUGUAAACAAGGAACACUGACGUUGGCAAGGGGUCCAUCUUGCUGGGACGAUGUGCUGAUUCCCAACAGAAUAAGAGGUGUCUGCCAGUCCCAAAGGUGCAAUGGAAACAUAGCGGAGUUUUACUUUAAAUGUGGAGCACAUCCAACCACUGACAGUGAAACAUCUGUGGCUUUGAACCUCGUUACAACAAACAGUCGCUGUAUCACAUGUAUAACAUGCACAGAUAUUAGGAGUCCUGUGCUUGUGUUCCAGUGUGUGCAUCGCCACGUCAUUUGCCUAGACUGUUUCCAUUUGUAUUGUGUGACCAUGCUGAAUGACCGUCAGUUCAUCCAUGACCCAGAGCUUGGCUAUUCCCUCCCUUGUGUGGCUGGCUGCCCGGACUCCUUGAUUAAAGAGCUUCAUCACUUUAGGAUUCUGGGAGAAGAACAGUACAACCGCUACCAGCGCUAUGGGGCUGAGGAAUGUGUGCUGCAGAUGGGAGGAGUGCUGUGUCCAACUCCUGGCUGUGGAGCAGGCUUACUUCCUGAACCAGGAGUAAGGAAAAUUGUAUGUGAACCGGGCAACGGAAUAGGCUGUGGGUUUGUGUUCUGCUGCGAGUGUAAAGAAGAAUACCAUGAAGGGGAAUGCAGCUCUCUCCUCAGCACGCAGGGAGCCAUGGCCCAGAAGGGGUAUGUAGUUGAUGAACAUGCAGCCAUGCAAGCUCGAUGGGAAGAGGCAUCUAGAGAAACAAUCAAGAAGACAACCAAGCCAUGCCCCAGCUGCAAUAUUCCAGUAGAAAAAAAUGGUGGCUGCAUGCACAUGAAAUGUCCUCGCCCCCAGUGCAGAUUUGAGUGGUGCUGGAACUGUGGCCUGGAGUGGAACAGAACCUGCAUGGGAGAUCACUGGUUUGACUAGCGGUGCUGAGGCCAGCCCACGUUGCUGCUAAAGCUUGUUUUCAUCAGGGCCAAAUUCUGAACUCCUUGAUUAAACAAAAUUCCCAGUGAUUUCAGAGACACAGAGUUCAGAAGUUGGCACAGUUUGUUGUUUGGGUUUUGCUUUCUUGCAUGUGCAAUCAUACCAAAAUCACAUUGAAGUUAUACCAAGGGUUUUAAAUCCACCAAGUAAAACGUAACUGUUAAUUUGGGUUUUUUUUAAUGGACAGACUUGCUCAUCGUGGUACAAAGAAGGUUAAACUACACCUUUCUGAACUUGUGCAGUUUGUCAGUGUGGAGAGCAGAGCUAGAUGAGGAACUUUGCUUGACAUUUAUAGUCAGAAAUCUGUAACACUUGCGAGAGAGAGCAGCCUAUGUUUGUGUGCAUGAGUGCAUGAGCAUCAAGGGGGGUGGAGGAUGUGCACUGCAUCAGCUGUUUUUUCUUUGACCACUCCUUUGCUCAUUCAGCACAAUUUUUGAUUUUGGGGCAGUAUUUCUUAACAGCUUUCUUGGCAGAGGAAAGACUGUGUCUCUUCAGUGUUUUCUCAGGGUUCCUUCCUAAUAGGCUUUCUGUAGGGGUCUUGCUUUCAAACCAAAUUCUCAUAGAAACAUCCAGCUUUAUACCAUAUUUGUGCUGGUGUAUUUGUAACAUACAACAUGAAACCUGCCUGUGUACUCAUUAUAGACUUUGUUACUGUUGGCAGAUUAGCUAAGGAUGCAGUUUCAGCUCUAACCAUGACUGUUGUUGCAGUGCUGACUGGGUCCGAUUAAGUGUUGUGCAAGCUAGGCUCACAGGGCUUCAGUUUUCUUGUGCUUACAGCAAUACUUUGGACAUGGCAAAGGGAGGCAGGAGACUUCUCAGGGGUUUUCUCUAUCAUCAUUCUUUUAAACUGAAUUAGAAUAUGGGUAUAUUUCUGAAAAUACAUUCAGAGCUCAAACAAUGUGGGGCAGAGGGACAACUUUCAUUGCACAAUGUUAACACAGUAAGUAAAGCUUACUAGUAUUUCCAAGCCUUAGCAAUCUUACUGUUUGAUGUGCAUUGCUGUUCUAUUCUGAAAUGAAAUAAAUACUGUCCACAUCCAAUAUGCCAUGUUAAGGAUUUGCACAAUUCAGUUUUGGAAAAAAAUGCACAAUAAAUAAAGUGAUCAGAAUUUUAAACUUUAUUUCUCUUCUCAUUUGAGUACAAAGUGAGUACAAAGAUAUUGGGUGGGCCACGCAUUUCCUUGACUGAUUCAGUCUCCCCGCUGAGAGGCUAGCCCUUUGAUUAAAACAUACUACUAGCACAAAAUAAAUGCCAGGGCCAUGGAUUUCUUUUCUCGAGUUUGAAUUACUAUUUUGUAUGGCAUGACUGUAAAGUCCUGAAAAUAUGGGUGUGCCUUGUAUCGGUCAGUGCAGAGCAAGAAGCUUGAGGUAUAAAGAAAUCCCCGGCUCAAUACAAAAAUGUCUGGUUGCUAAAAUCAGCAGUGUAGUCCUCUGUCUCUGCUAGAAGUAACAUUAAAAGUCUAAGGAAACAAAAGAGAUGAAGGCAUGAGGUACCCAAAAUGAGAAAGUGAACUGGUAGAAUUAAGAAAAUGAGAGCGAAAGGAAGUGGCAACAAGAGGACAAUGGCCAUUUCUUAAACGCCAUUUUCCUUUUUGGCACUGGUGAGCUACGUGCAGAAGUAGCUACAUUAAAGUGUAGGGGUGCAAUACAACACUGCAGUGUAGCUCAUUCAAGUUCGUUAUCUUAAUGGGGACAUUGUACUGUGAAUUCUGAUUAUUUCAUGAUUUAAUUUCCUAUACCUGGGUCUAUUUUAUAAUUUAUAUGGCUUGUUGCAACAGGGUAGGGAAAAGUCACUAUGUUUAAUUUAUACUUUGAUAGUGUGUUACAUGGGAGCUCAUCACUACAUUUCACAUCCACAAACAUUUGGAAUAAAAGAAGUCUGAAUCUCU